AUGAGAGCGAGGGCCUGGCACCCCUUCAUUCUCGGUACCGGCAUGGGGAGGAGUCCACGGCUGACGAGCUCCAGAACCGCAAGAGCAGCGCGCACGAGGCAGUUCGCUACUGUUGCGGGCCCUGUGCUGCGCGUCGAUGGCUCCAUCGCGCCGGAGCGCCUCCUGGCAGAGCUUAGUCCGGUGACGAAGGGCUUUCUUCAAGCCGCCACGCUCCGGACGGUGGGCCAGGCUGGGCUUGCGACGACGCUUCAGAUUCUGGCGCAGCUCCGGCAGAGAAGGCAAGCUGCCCUGUUCAGUCUGGAGUAUGGAGAGCCGGAGCCCCUGACUGGACGCAGCGCUGAAACCAGAGGAGAAGGUCAUAACGACGUGGCAAAGGUCUUCAUGGUUUCACUGCUGCCCUCUGCCAAGUGGCCGUUGCCGGAGCAGCGACACUUGCACUCCGAGCUGACAGUGACUGAGAAGAGCUCAGUCAAGUCUUUGGCCAUGGCCUUGGCUGCGCGUGUGGCGCAGCUGCCAUCGGACAAGCAGGCUGUCGCGCUCAGUGUCGACCUGCGCAUCCAUCAAACAGUUAGAUGGCACAGACUGCUUAAAGCAGCCUAUGCCGUUGCCACAGCUCACGAGUGGUAUGCGCAGGCUCCUGUGGUCCCAUCAUUGCGUUGGUGCCACAACCCAACACGCCUCAUGAACGCUCAUGCUGCGCCCACAUUUGCAAUUUCAUUCCGGCUGCUUUCAGGACACUCACUUCCGACAAACUCCCUGUCGCCAUGGCAUCCUAGCAUGAGCUCCUAUCGCUUCGCCAAUCUUCUGGGCACGACCUACAAGGGCGGAGGAAUCCAGUUCGCUCCUGACGGAAAUGUCUUGCUCAGCCCCGUUGGAAAUCGCAUCAGCGGCGUGGAUCUGGUGCAGGGUCGAUCGGUGACUCUGGCGCCCGAGAAUCGGGAGGACGUCGCGGUGCUGGCACUGACGGAGGAUGCCCGACUCCUCCUUUCCGUCGACCUACACGGCCAUGCCUUGCUGAUCAACUUCGUUCGGUGCAGUAUCCUAACGAGGAUCAAUUUCAAGGCCCGCGUGCAAAGUGCCAAGUGGAGUCCAGAUGCCCGGUGGCUCAUCGUAAGCCAUGGGCGGAAAAUCCAGCUCUGGAGGACUCCGACGGUGGAGCUUGGUUGGCAAUUUGUGAAAGAGCGUGUCUCCGCCGGGCACCACGAUGAUGUGGUUGACUUGUCCUGGAGCUCCGACUCCCACUUCUUCGCCUCCUGUUCGAAGGACGGUACCGUGCGGCUGUCAGCCGCACGCCGGCAGGAAGGGUUUCAACCUAUGGCGCUGCUCGAACACCGAAGCCCGGUCAGAGCGGCUUUCUUCUCCAAUGACAUGCAGCAUAUUUUCAGCAUGUCCCGCGAGGGUGUGCUGGUUUCAGCCAAGUACACGCUCAAAGAGGGUGUUCUCAACGAUGAGGAGCACAGAGGGAAGCUCUUGUAUUGCCAGCCCGGCACAUGGGCUGUGGAGUCGAAAGCUUAUUGUCAGCAGCCCGUGAGUAACAAGGUGAUGCGAUGUGCCUAUGACGGCAAGGCACAGCUUAUGGCUGUUGGCUUCAGUGCCGGUGUUUUGAUGCUCUUCGAGAUGCCAGCGCUUCAGGCGUUGCAAACCCUGAGUCUCGGCCAAGAGCCCCUGGAUGCAGUGGCACUGGGGGCCAACGGAGACUGGCUGGCCGUGGGUAGCUCAGGCACAGGGCAGCUGCUGGUAUGGGAAUGGCGCUCAGAGACCUAUGUCCUGAAGCAGCAAGGCCACCACUACGGGGUCCGCUCUGUGGCCUUCUCCCCGGGCUCGGUAUCCAUGAAGCGCGGGAAAGCCCUGGCGUCGGCAGACGCUCGGCCCGAGGAUCGAAGCAGUGCCAUUGGCGGUCGGCUCCUGGCUACGGGUGGCUACGACGGCAAGGUGAAGCUCUUCAACGCGCAGAGUGGGCUUUGCUUCGUCACCUUCGCAGAACAUACAGCCCCGGUCAAUGCCCUUUGUUUCACCCCCCAGGGCAAUGCGGUGCUAAGCGCAAGCCGUGAUGGCUCUGUUCGUGCCUUCGACCUUCUUCGCUACCGCAACUUUCGCACUUUCGCAAGCCCAGAUGGCCUCUGUCAGUUUUCCAGUGUGGCCGUGGAUUCUGGUGGCGAGAUCGUGGCAGCUAGUAGCACAGGAGGUAAGUAUGCCGUCUACGUGUGGUCCAUCCAGACAGGGAACAUCUUGGAGGUUCUCACCGGCCACACGUCGCAUGUAGAGGCGUUGCACUUCUCCCCCUCCGCCGCCCAUCCUGGACAGCUAGUCAGUGCAAGCUGGGAUGGAACGCUGAACGUUUGGGACCUCUAUGCUGGAACGAAGGGUGGGUCAGCAGAAGCUCUGCAGUGCUCUUCCAGCGUCGUGGCGGUGAGCUUCGAUCCGCGAGGGAACGACCUUUGUGCCGCAGCGUGCCUUUCAGGACAAGUCUUAUUCUGGAAUGUUGUCACCGCACAGAACAUUGGAUCUAUCGAUGGCAUACGAGACAUUCAGAGCGCCAGGCACUGGCAGGACAUGUUUUCUGCCGUCAAUGAGCGUGGCCUAAAACCAGGCGCUGGCAUGAAGAAACGCCGUCCCACCGAUGGCGUCAACCUCAACCAGAACUUCAACUCCAUUGCGUAUGCCCGUAGCGGCGAGCUGCUGCUGUGCUCAUCGCGAAACUCUCCCUUCGUCUCCCUCUAU